AAUGGGAAUCACUGAUUCUAGAUCAGAGUUCGAAGCUGGGCAUAUUAUCCUUCAGACAACCAAGCCUUAUUAUGCUCCUGGAGAAGAGGUAACUGGGAACAUUUAUAUCUCUUUGCAAAACCCAUUCCCUGGCUCUAACCUGCAGCUUGUUUUGAAAGGAAAAGAAGAUGUUGGAUGGACAGUCAGAAAGAAAAGAGGCAAGCAUAGCUACACUAAGCAUAUUGAAGAUAAAGUAGAAAUUGUAAACUUCACAGCCCCUAUCUAUACAUUCAUGGGUGGAUCAGUCAUGCCUGGACAAUACAGCUUUCCAUUCAAAAUAGUUCUUCCUGUAGAUAUUCCGUCUAAUUGCUUUUAUACUAAUAAAGCAUCUCAGCGUUCCCAUGGAAAAGUAAAGUAUAAACUGAAAGCUGUCCUCAAAUCCAAUGAUGAUAAGAUGAAAGACAUGAAUUUUAAGCAAACUUUAAUAAUCAGACAGCAGCCUGAUAUAGUGCCCAUGAGCAGUGCGGCUGAUUAUAGUGAUCAAGUAAAAACAUGCUGAUGCUGAUGCUCGAGUGGAGUGGUAACCAUCCAAUCCCAGACGGACAAAACAGCUUACACUCCUACCGAGACUGUAAAAAUUAUCGGAAAUAUUGAUAAUAGUAAGUGUAAGAGAGACAUCAAGAAAGUCAAAGUUCAACUUGUACAGUCUGUCCAGUUAAAUGCUAGGAGAAAGAAGAGGAAUUUGCUAAAUCUUUUAGAUUCUUCAGAAGACCACUUGUUCAACAAUACUAAUGAUCAAGACAGGCGAUACAAUAACACAUAUGUUGUGUUAGAAAAAGAGUACCCAGGAAUUCCCCAAGGACAAAGUACUAAGGGAGAAAAUCAGUUUAUGGAGCUUCCUCUUCGAGAAUAUGGGAAUAAAAUGGACAGAGAAGAAUUCAAGGAGCAAAUAGAAGGUAGAGAUGAUCAUGCUAUGGGAGAAGGAGUUCAACCGACCAGUACUGGGAGGUUGAUCAAAAUCACAUAUGAAUUAAAGAUCUUUGCGGAUUAUGAUAUAUGUUGUGGGUGUUGUACCAGACCUGAAACUGCAAUUAGCGUGUUUAUCUCUCCACCAAAACUUCCAAGCUAUCAAGCUUUGGAAGCUCCCCCAAAUUGGAACCCUCAAGUAUUUGAUAGUAAGAAUUUUGCAGAUCCUGUACCAAAUCUGACGGAAAAAGGGAAGAUUGAUAAAUUGUAA